AUGGAGGGAUCACCGCGCGCUGGACACAGACAGGAACAGUUGCUCAAGGAACCAGGUCUCUCGCUGGAGGAAACGAACAGUCUGGGGGAGGCGAUUCGGACUUAUGAGUCAAUGCUGCCGUACAUCACAAGCCUACCUUCCACAUUUGCAAAUACUCCGGAAAAUCGGUACUGGACAGAGAGUCUUCUUACUCGCCACUGUAUGCUUUCUAGCCGUCACGUUUCAGCCAACCAAGUGUCACCUUCGAUACUGGCAGUGCCACCAUCGAGGGUUCUUGCACCCUUUCGCGCGUAUUCAAAAUAUUGGGAUACCAAAAGUGCGUCAAUCACGGGUACGCUUUUCAAGGCCGGUGACCGGCAUAACUCCUACAUGCGUACAUGGGGUCAUUAUUACGACACGUUAUCUAUCUUGUUACAGCGUGAGACUACCCAGCACGUCUUCGACUCCAGGUUACAACAAGGCAUAGAGCUCAAGAAAGUCGAAGCCACCUAUGAAAGUAUUCUUCUUAAAGAGACCUCAUUUCCAAGGGCAGAUGAAGCCAAUUCACAAAUUGAAAGCUGGGUCGAUCAGGUAAUGGCGAAUUGGGGGGUUAUGUGCGGUCAUACAUGGCAAGACGAAGAGCUUGGAGAAGGGGGCAAAGCUGCUUUAGGCCGCGGAGUGCUUGACGUCCUCUAUCGAGCAGCUACCAAAAGCUUUCACUCAACAAGGGUACUUCGCCACCUUUUCAUUGUACAUGCAGCUAUAGCAGAAUUUGAUGUUGCUACCAAAGCACUCGAUUCUUACCUGCAGAUACUCGUCAAGGGCAAAGCAAGAGUGGAGAAUUCUGGAGAGCCGGAGAUAGGCCUCGACGACGACGAAACUUCCUUAGCCACAGCCGCUGCAGGUAUCAAAAUGCUGUGCACUUACGGACGGCGAAAGGAAGCUAAGAGGGCCUUGGGUAUUGCUCAUGUUACAGACAAUUGGCUUCAAAGGUUGCAUUCAACUUCAUCGCCAAAGCCUGUUGUAAGUGCCGAAGAUGUACCUGAAGACUUGGUAGAUCAACAAAAACCAUCCAGACCUCCUGUUUCAGGGAAAGCUUUGGCUCUUGGAUACCAUGCUCUAGGUAUCAGUCAAUCCUGCUGGGCGCGGCUGACUUACGAGACUGCAUCGCGACCAGACCUACAGGCAAAGGCGAUAGCUGACUUCCGAAUUGCUUUGGAUCCUGAGUUUGGAGAGGAACGCAACGUCGAAUUCCUUUAUUCACUUGCGUUCGUACUUGCGGAGACCAGAGAUUUGGAUGGUGCUAUCGCCGCCACCAAACAAGCGUUGUCUGCUAGCAGCCGUGGGCCCAACACGAACGGGGUUUCUGCAACAGAUUUCGCAGGUGACAGCGUUGAAGACGGAUCAGACUUUGAUCCAGACAGACGAGGACUCCUGCUUAGAUGUUGGCAUCUUCUAGCCCUGUUGCUUAGUGCGAGGCAGAACUUCUCGACAGCAAUAGCUUCCUGUGAAGCAGCUCUCGAAAUAUAUGGGGGCAAAGCGAUCCUUUACGGAGACCUCAAGCUACUGGACUCGCUGAAAGACCUGGAGUGGUCGGAAAGGAAGAAUAUCAUAGAAGUGAAGAUGACCCAGCUUGCACUCGCAGAGGUUGUGGACGGCCCGGAGGAAGCUGUCAAUGCUAGUGGAGAGCUACUAGGUCUCUACACCAAGCUUUUUAAGUCCCCAGAUAAGCCACUUGAAAGAGUGAUUUCAUCUCCUGCAAACACCAAUGGGACAUCGACACCGCGAAGUUUCAGAGCUAGCGUUUUAGGCCUACCAUCUCGAAAGAAUACCGGCAGAGCUGAGAACACGAAUUCAAGCUCGUUGCCAUCUUCUGAAGCCACUGACCAGGCUAUUCAGGCGCCGACUAUCUCAGUAACCAGUGACACGGCUUCAACACUGCAGGAUUCGAACCAUCACUCACAUUUCCUCGGGCGACAUGAAUCGAAGAAGCUCCGCAAGCGCAACAGCCGAAAGAGCAUGGGCAGCAUCCGAAAAGGUCGAGCUGCAAGUCCUCCCAGGACCUCUACAGCGGAUGGAUCUCGAAAGCGCAUAAGCUUAGGUCUUCCCACAAGACAUCGACACAAUAAAACUACACCAGCAGAUGGACAUGGCGAUGGCUCCGUCUACGGGGACGGCAGCUACGCUUCCGAUGAAGUUGGCGUUGCCAUCUCCCACGAUAUGCCCUCGAUGCCUUCGUCUCCAGCAGCUGUAUCCGACCCGCCCAACCCUCUCCACUUCAUCCCCUCAGCGACUGCAAACAUGGACAAAAAGAACCCCAAUACCUACCCUGUCGCCCCCAAGCCACCACCUUCUCAACGCCAACGCCCUCAGCCGAUAACCCUCCACAAGUUUCCUCCCCUUGCAGAACCACAAUUCUCUCCGGCAGACCAAAGCCGCCAUACUCUAACCCUCCUCACAAAGAUCUGGCUCUUGAUAGCAUCACUUUACCGCCGCGCCUCCAUGCCUACCGACGCUCAAGGCGCCCUCUCAGAAGCCACCACUCAUGUGCAAUCGAUCGAAACCUUUAUAUCGAAACGCGAAGGCAGCAGCGCUGAAAACUUUGCUAUGCCAGGCUACGGUGGGGUUAAGUCCUGCGGCGAGCUGUGGGCUGACGUGCUUGCUGAACGAGCGGCUUUACACACCUCGCUGGGAAAUGUCGACCAAGCGUCGGCGGCAUACGAAACGGCACUGGGACACUUCCCAGAUCACGCGGCCGCGACCGUCGGCCUCUGCAACAUCCUUCUAGACGCCUACUCCGCCUCACCUCCCACUGUCACCCCUGCCAUCCCAGUCGAACCACCACCCUCGACGCCCACGCUUGCUUCCCUCCCUCCCCUGCCCUCCCAGCAAAUUAACAUUACCACCCACAACAACUCCGACAGCACCACCACACCAGAUCGACUAUCCAGACUUGCAGCUCGUGAUCGAGCCUAUGGUCUCUUAUCCGCACUGACCAAGAGUGGAACGGGGUGGGAUAACAGCGAGGCGUGGUUUGCGCUGGCCAGGGCGUACGAGGAGGGUGGGCAGGUGGAGAAGGCGAAGGAGAGUCUGUGGUGGGUUGUGGAGUUGGAGGAGGGAAGGGGUGUUAGGCGGUGGGGAAACAUCGUUUAA